AUGGGCUACAGAGCAGUGCGCGCAGGCCGGGGUUGGGGGGAGCGGGGUAGGGAGCGAGGCCUUGCUCCCCGGCCCGCGUGCUCCCCUCCCGCGAGGUCCUCCCCGCCUCUGCCAGCUGGGUCCCCGCAGCCACCCGAGCGCGCGGCCGGGCUUCGUGGGCUCCGAGCCGCCCCACACUCACUCCCUCCCGGCACAGGCGGGUCCCCGGCUGCCGAUCGAGCAGGCGCGUCCGGAGCCGCGGGACAGAAAAGACACCUUCAGCUCCGGCCCCGCCAGGUCACCUCGGAUCCGCACCGGACCGGACCGGACCGGACCGGAACCGGAGCUCAGUGCGGGGCUUGCCCUCCAGGGCGCGCCCCGGCCCCAGGCAAGACCGGGAAAGGCUGCCCGGGAAUGAAACAGGCAGAGACCGCCACCCCGCGGGCCAGGCAGGCUUCUAGAUCCUCGAUCCAGGUUUUCACCGACGCCCUGUUUAAAACCCAAGGGGACCCUCGUCUGCCGGAACCGCGGUUUCCCUCCGCGGACGCAUCCCGGGAAGCCGGCCUGCGAACACAGUUCUGCAAAGUUCUUGGAAAGUUCUUCCAGAAAGCCCCUCUAGAAAGCCCAUUUCUUGUGUUGUCUUUGUUGUUGUUGUUCAUUUGUUUGUUUAGACAGGGUGUCACUGACAGGCUGGGUUUGGUUUUAAAUCCUCCUGCCUCAACCUCUCAGAAUGCAAUGGAGAUUGCUGGCAUGGACCGCCACCCUCGGCUCUGAGGCCCUCUUCUGAAAUCACAGGAAACUCGGACACUAGGACAGGAUACUAGGACUGCAUCUUAGAGCCAACUGUUUGGGGAAAGUUUGAGCUUUUUAUGAGCAAGCUAAGCUGAGAUUGGGCAUCGAUAAAAGGUUUUCUUCGGAGACUGAACAACAUGAUCAUUGUGGUGGCCCGCAAAAUAAUUUGGGAAGAAAAAAUUAAUUUAUUAAGGCACAGGCCUGGCGACACAGCCUCCAGUAGCCAAUAUGGAAGACUGCGUGCCUAACAGCUAAAGGGCAGGGUUUUUAUCCUGUAAAACCGCAAGCAUCUGCUGGUCUCACAAUGCACAAUCGUUUUCACGGUGCACUACAGAACAGGAACACGGCAGCGGUUACAUUUCUCAGGAAGAGCAAGGUUCAGUGGUCCCUGCUGUGACUCAGUGAGAUUCUGAGAGGUGGCGAUGGAAGAGUAAGAAGAGAACUAGACACACAUUAAAAGGAAAGCUGGGGCCGGGUGGGGCCUGAGCUCCGCAGUGGAGAGGCAGUGACAACCCAGCAUACCCUGCAUCCUUAUUUAUACACAGUAAAAUGGGGAAGCAUGUGGUGGGGCCCGAAAGUGCAAGGCCUGUGUUUUGCUGAGAAUACUGAAAGGAAACAUUCUUAGAGCUAUCAGUACUGUAGGUAACAGGGAGGAGCACACGGCUGGACACCUGCUGAACUGGCUUUGCUCUAGUCCCAACAACCUGUUCACAUGAUGCACCUCUGGAGCUCCAUGUUCUCUAGCCCCUUGUCCUAGGCCCUAAGGUGUAGUUGAUCUCCAGCUCAGCUGCUCCCUACACCUCCCAUCUAAUAGAUUAGGCAAUGUUGGCUCUGGAUUCAAAACAUCUCCCAAAUUCCACCAUCUUUGCCUAACCCCUGCUACCAUGACUACUGUAAGGCCUUCCUGAUGGUUCUCCCUGAUUCAGCACUGCCUCCUCGUGACAGCCGGAGUAGGCUUUUUGCAUCAUCAACCAGAUCACGCUAAUGCGCCAUUCAAAAAAAAACCACAUGGGGGCUGGGGAUAUAGUUCAGCGGCACAAACACAUGCCUGGCAAACAUGAGGCUGCAAGUUCAAUCCUUGGUACCAGGGGAAAAAAUGCCCCUAUGGAAUAAGAUCAUGAACUGUAAGUCCUAAAUCAGUCAUGAACUUAGGUCCUAAGUCCUCUGGCUUUACAGGGUUACACACCUAUAACCCCAACCCAUGAGGGGCUGGGGCAAGAGACUCCCAAGUCCAAGGCCAGCCUCGGCAACUUACCAAGAACUUCUCUUAGAGAUUGGGGGACAGGGCAGAUGCAGCUCAAUGCAGGCAGUUCAAUGCCCAGCACUGUAAAAGGGGGUGGGGCAGGGAGGUUGGGCCCUUGGCUCUCUGUCUCCAGCCUCCUUCCCCAGCACCCUCCGGCUUGCCUGUUGCUCCCCACUCUCCUCAGCCUCUUUGCUGUCCCUCAAAUGCAGGGCUCCGCUGUCAUGGGCUGGGAGGGGCCUUUCCUCACAUAUUUUCAGGGCUCACGCUUUCCUUCUUUCCAGUGCCUGUCCUACUAUGCUGGUAAGAGAGACCGACCUUGACGUCUCAUUUAAAACAGUCUCCCUUCCCCAGCACUUACACAGUCUUGUCAGGUUUUAUUUUCUGUCACAGUCCUCCUUUAACCUGAUGUUAUGGAAUGUGUUUGUUUCUUUGUUGUGUCUAUCUGCCCCAUCAAACUGGAAUUUUCCCCAGGACCAAGAACUUCAUCUCACUCAAAUCUGUAUCUCCAGCACACAGAACUGUGCCAGGCAUGUAGUAGCUAUUCGGUGUAGUAGUUUGUGAAUGGAAUGAAUUUUUAAAAAGAAAGAAAUAAGAAAGGGAGAGAGGGAAGAAAUACAUUUUCAAAGCUGACAUUUAAGUAGCAUAGGCUAUUUUACCUGACUUGAACAUUUAAAAACAUUUAAUGCUUAUUGAAUAAUAUAUAAAUGCAUAUAAUCAAGAAGAAAACAAUGUGUUUAUUAGAAAACUAUGUGGCUUCACUUGGAGUUUAAAAUAUAAACCCUUGUGGACUGGGAAUGUAGUUCAGUGGUAGAGCACUUGGCUGGCAGAUUGAGGCCCAGGUUCAAUCUCCAGCACUGCAAAAAAAAAAAAUUAUACUUCUCGUCUGCUCUUAAAUUCAUAAGCACUUUGAAGAACUCUACUGAGAGACUCCGGGAGCCGUGAGAAUGCUCUCAAAGUGAAGGGUCUCGGAUGGGAGAUCAAAGUGUCAGUUGAAGAGGAUCUUCAGCUUUGCUAUUUCAAAACCACUCCUGCACAGCCGGCUGCGACUGACAGAGCCGGGGGCUUUGCAAGUACUUGUACUGCAUUCAAGGCCUCUCUUCUAAGACUUCUGUCUUCCAAACAUAGAACAACAGAAGUGGGAAACACUCGAGGUCAAUUUUCCUUAAAUGAAGCUCAGUUCAAUAUUCGUGUUCCACCUGCUGCUUGCACCCUUUGUCAUAUUGGGUCAGGUGCUGAAAUACUUGACUUUCAAAGCACCUGUUCCUUUGCUCCUGCCCCGUGAAUCUGUAGGACAGAUGUCAGUUAGGACAAGAGUAAAAACAUAACAAGCACUAGUCUUCUUAUUUCAAAAGUUAGGAACUAUGUAAGAAGUCCCGUGUAGAAUAUAUGACACCUAACACAAGAAGGAUGAGCUCUGAAAAACUAAUCUCUCUAUGCUUCUUCUCUACAAGUCCCAUUACACCCGAACAAUUGCUAUUUCUUCUUGGAAAAGAAUUUGCUCAGUUUCCAUCUGACCAGCGGCUGAGCCUCUGCUUCAAAGCAACCAAAUCCCCAGAGCACAGCCUGCCCAGACUCCUGCAGUUCCCGGCUCUACACCAUGAUGCCAAAUCUAUUAGCAAGUAGACUGAUGAUCAGUCAGCAGACACUAACAGACUGAUUUUAAAAUAUCUUAAUUAUAAAAAGUCCAUUAACCAUGCAGACUCAAGAACAGAAGCCAUACAACCACUUGUGAACUCAAUUACUCAAAGGCACACCUGGAUUGUUUGGUUUGGUUUGGUUUUUUAUUUUUUACAGCUGUGAAAACUGAAACGUAAAGAGAGUAAGUUAAUUGUUCCAUAUAGGAACUGUGCUAGAUUACUUAGACCGAAUGUAAACAAUAUAAUAAUCCUUAUCCAAGCCCAACAUCCAUCCUUCCAUCCUAGUUAAUAUUAGUCAUUAAAUGACAGGAGGCAUGUAUCAAGUAUUUACCACAUGUCAAGCACUUUGUUAAAUGGUCCAUGUCUUAAUUAUUUUGUCUUGUUGCAAUACAAAAUACCCAAAACCCAAA